AUGAAUAAAGAAAUUGAAGGGAGAAUAAGAGAAAGAAUUAAGUAAUAGUAUCCAUUUACUCCAUACUAGUCUUAACUUGAUUUAUCAAAAGAUAUUUAUGUAAGUUUAGCAUAAGGAACUAAAGUAAGAAUUAAAAUAAAGUUAAAGGUUUCUAUUUUUGAAUCUCCAACAGGAACAGGGAAGAGUUAUGCUCUGAUUGAAGGUGCUUUGAAUUAUUUAGAUGAUUUAAAAUCAAACACAUUAAUAAAAUAAAAAUAAAAGACUUAAAAUGAUGAUGACAUGCCAGAUUGGUUUAAUGAUCCUGAUAUUGAUUUAAAAUUGAAUCCUUUACAAAAGCCUAUUGUACAUGGUAUAUUAGAUUUUUGAAAUAGAAAAUAAAUAAUAGAAAAAGCAUGUUAAAUUGAUUGAUGAUGAUGCUGUUUUUGAUUAUUCAAGCUCAGAAGAAAAUUAAAUUAAUUUAAGAGCAUAGUCUUUGAAUGACAAAAUUAUUUAUUGUAGUCGUACUCAUUCUUAAUUGAAAUAAUUUAUUAAUGAAAUUAGACGUUCUAAGCAUAAAGUAAGAGUUUCCACUAUUGGAUCAAGGCAACAUCUAUGUGUGAAUUAAUCAAUUCUAAGUAAAGCAAAUAAUAAUGUUAAUAAAUUAAAUCAUCUUUGUAAAACCAAUAAAAAAUAAUGUUCUUAUUUUAAGUCCUUAGAUACCACGGAACAAUACAUUCAAGAGAUAUUUGAUAUUAAUGAUUUACUUAGUGUAAGCAAAAAAUGUUAAUCUUGUCCCUAUUAUGCAGCCAAGGAAUUAUCAUUAUAAGCAGAUAUUAUUUGUACUCCAUAUUAAUUAUUAAUGGAAUCAAUAGAUUAAUAUAUUGAACCUAUAAUUAUAGUAGAUGAAGCUCAUAAUUUUGGUUCAGCUCUUUUACAAACAGAAUCAUGUGAAAUAUCUUUAAAUUAAUUAAAUAUUAUUAUUGGGGGAAUAGAGGAUUAUAGAAAAAAGUAUCAUUAAAGAGUUAAAGCAAAAACUUUAUACUAUUUGAACUAAUUAUUGUAAUUAAGCAAAUCACUAAUUGAAAAAAUCAAAACAAAGUAAAGCGGUAAUCUCAUUAUUUUGUUAGAUUUCAUGGUAGAAAUAGGUAUCCCAAAAAUAAAUAUUAUAAAAUUAAUAAAAUUUGUUUAGAAUAAAGAUAUGAGAUAAAGAAUUAAUGGGUUCAUAGAUUCAACAUAAAAUGUUACAUAAUAUUGUAGUUUUGAAUGUUUUUGUAAAUUUAUUUAAUAAUUAAUUCUAACAUCUCAGAAAGAAUCAAUUUUAUAUAUUGAGAAGUAAAAUACAAUGAAAUUAUCUAAGAUUAAUAAUUAUUCAAGUUUUUAAGCUUUAAUUGAUAAAUCUAGAAAUUUAAUAUUUUUAGGUGGAACUUUAUAGCCAUUAAAUGAAUUUGAAAUAUUUAAAGAAAGAGUUGAAUAAAUUGAUUUUACUUUUAAAGAAUAUCCUCAUAUAAUAUCAAAAGAGAGGUGUUAAUUACUGAUUAUAAAUGCUGAAUUAGAAUAUUCAUUUAAAUAAAAAAAUGAAAAUCUUAAUUAAUUAAUGAUCCAGACGUAUUCAUUAAUUUAAAAUAUUGAAAAAAGCAUUCCAGAAGGAAUAGUAAUCUUCAUGUAAACUUAUACCUUUUUAGAGUAAUUUAAAUAAUAUACAAAAGCAUAAAAUUUAUAAUAUAGUAAAUAAAUAUUUUUUGAUGAGAAAUAAAAUCCAUAGAUUUUGGAAAAAUAUAGUGAAGUGGCUAAAAAAGGUGCAAUUUUAUUAUCUGUGGUAGGUGGAUCAUUAUCUGAAGGAAUUAACUUUUCAGAUCAUUUAGCUAGAGCUGUCAUAAUAUUUGGAGUUCCGUACCCUAAUUUAGAUAGUUUUGAAUUAAAAGAAUAAAUAAGAAUAAAUGGUAAUUAAUACUAUGAUAAUAUUACAAUGAGAGCUGUUAAUUAAUGUAUUGGUAGAGUUAUUAGGCAUAAGAAUGAUUAUGGUCUUUUGUUCUUAAUAGAUAAGAGAUUUUCUGAAGAAAAGCUAAAAUAAAAGUUUUCAACUUGGUUAUAAAACAGAAUCACAAUUUAGAAUGACUUUAAAGGAACUGAAUUUUUUGAGUCAUUCAAAAAAUUAAUUUGA